AUGGCUUCCACACUGGCUCAGGAAACGUCACAGUUUUUGAUCCCCACACAGACAGAAAUGAAACAGUUGAAGGUGUUAAUAGUCGGUGUUUGUCUUGUAGAGUGUUUCACUGAAUUGGUUGGUCUGGUGGUAUUAUCUCUGGCCUUGCUGAUCUCUUUGUGCCUCAAUGUCAUCUUCUGUGUCAGACGGACAGCCUCUUUCUGCAGAGGUGGCUGUUGGCACCGACACACUUCUGAAGGAGAAAGCCCGUCGCAGAAUGAAGGACGUUAUUUCCAUGACCUCAAUCAUCAUGAGCAGCAGUUAGAUCCUAACAAUCAUUGUGAGGAACAGGAAAAUCCAAUCUAUGGCAACAUUAGCACAGAUAGAACUGACGUUUGCUAUGAGAUGAUGACCAUGAAACCCGCACGAGAUCGUUUGAAGUCACCAGAGUCUGACCUGAAUUAUGCCUCGCUGGAUCUGAAAAUGGCAAAGAAACGCAAGAAGAAGUAUCGCAAUCAGCAAGGCCAGGGACGGAACAAACAAGAUCGACUGUCAGUCCACCUCACACACCCCAUGAAUGCUUUCAUGGAAGUGGAAGCAGACAUGGAUGCUCACCUUCCUCCCAGAGACACCAGCACAAUGGUUUCACACAGUAGCAUCUACCUGAACAGUCAACAGAUAGCCCAAGAGACAGAAGAUAUGGAAAGAGAAAGGAGUAUAAACAUAGAAACAGAGAGUAUGGGCUGGGAAGAAAUAAGAAGGCAAGAAGAUGGGGAAAGUAGAGAAUGGAAAGAAGAGCAAGAAAGUGAGGAAAGAACAGAUAGACAAAAUAAUGGGAGUGUAUGCACACAGCUUCCACAGUUGGAGGCUAUUCAGAGUGACACAGAUCACUUAAUUGGCAACUUUAGCCUUGAUACUGACCAACAAGAUUAG